AUGAAACUAACCAAUGAACCAAGUCCAAAUAACAUCACUUAUGUUCUGGAGAUCAAAUCUGGUAAUGUUAUUCUUUCAGCUGAUUCCAAAACUCUACAAACUUAUUGGACUAUCCAGAAAGAUAAUCAUAGAACCAUUGAUAAUCAUAGAACCAUUGAUUUUCUUCCGUCCUAUUCGAAUACCAAUUUGGCUGGGUGUCAAACAUCUUGCCGUGGAAAUUGCUCUUGUCUUGCAAUGUUCUUCCAUACAAAUUCAGGGAACUGUUUCUUAUUGGAUAGUGUUGUAAGUUUUCAGAAAUAUGAUGGUACUGAUUCUGGUUAUGUUUCUUACAUUAAGGUUGUCUUAAGUGAUGAAUGUGAAGAUAGGGUUCAUUGUGUAGUAAGUGUUGCAUUGUGGUGUAUACAAGAAGACAUGUCUGUGAGACCUUCCAUGACAAAAGUUGUUCAAAUGUUAGAGGGUGUUUGCAAUGUUUCUAAACAACAAAAUCUUCUAAUAAAAGAGUAA